ACGUCCAAUUAUCUCAACAAAGUUCUUGGCCAUCUUCUGGGCUCUAUGCCCCCACCAACGCUCUUCCUUUUAAGAUAACAAAAACAGCACACCAAUGGCUUCCUCGAUUCCUUCUCAGACCACUCCAAACUCCAUUAUCACUACCAAUUUCACAUCGCGAAUCAUCCCAUUUCACUCUCCCGCGGUCAAAUCCUUCCGACCCACGCUCUUCUGCCCUAAUGCUCUCUCCAAUUCCAGCAACCGGAAGCCGGCUCGCCGGUACGACGGCCAAACCACGACGAACACUCUCUCCAAAUCUCAGAACCGGACGAGCGAUUCAGUUCUUAGUCCUCCGUCGACGGUGCAUUUAGUGGCUCUAUGCGAGGCGGGUGAGGUAAUGGACGUUCUGGAAUUUAUAGGCCAUGGUGCUAAUCUUGAUUAUGGUAUUUUUACUGCUUUGUUGAAUUCUUGUUGCAAUUUUAAGUUGCUUGAGGCUGGGAGAAGGGUGGAUAGGCUGUUGAAAGGGACGAAAUUUAGUGGGGAUGUGGGAUUGAAUAAUAAAUUGAUCGAAAUGUACUCUUGUUGUGGCUGUAUGAAAGAUGCGCGUAGGGUGUUUGAUAAAAUGCCUGACAGGGAUAUUAGGACGUGGAAUUUGAUGAUCAAGGGGUAUGGAGAGAAUGGGGAAGGAGAUGGUGGAUUGGCCUUGUUUGAGCGAAUGAAGAAUGUGGGGUUGCAGCCAAAUUCUGAAACAUUUCUAGCGGUGUUAGCAGCUUGUGCCAUGGCUGAAGCUGUGGAGGAAGGUUUAUUUUACUUUAACUCGAUGGAAAAUGAAUAUGGAAUCAUUCCUGAAAUUGAACAUUAUUUGAGAGUUGUUGAUGUUCUUGGGAAAUCUGGCCAUUUGAUUGAAGCAGAAGAGUUCAUUAAGAAAAUGCCCAUCAGCCCCACAGCCAAAAUCUGGGAUGCCCUUAGAAUCUACGCUCGACUCCAUGGAAACAUCGAGCUUGAAGAUCGAGCCGAAGAGCUGAUAUUCUCUUAUGACCCGUCCAUGGCGCCCACGGCUGCCAAGCCACCGCUCCCUCCACUAAGGAAGCAAUCGGUCACCAACAUGUUGGAGGAGAAGGACAGAGUGAGGGACUUCAGAUGUUCAAUGCCUUCCAAAGAAGAGGGGGAAAGGGGGAAGCUAAAAGGAUUGAAUGGACAAAUGAGAGAAGCAGGGUAUGUGCCAGAUACCAGAUAUGUGCUUCAUGACAUUGAUGAGGAGGCUAAACAGCAAGCUUUGCAAUACCAUAGCGAGCGGUUAGCCAUUGCUUACGGAUUGAUCAGUACGCCUGCGAGAACGACGCUAAGAAUCAUCAAGAAUCUUCGGAUCUGCGGCGAUUGUCACAAUGCAAUCAAGAUCAUGUCAAAGAUUGUUGGAAGAGAGUUGAUUGUUAGAGAUAAUAAGCGGUUUCAUCACUUCAAAGACGGCAAAUGCUCUUGUGGGGAUUACUGGUAAAUACAUCAACUGUAUAUACACAAUCAUAUUUGGGCUUCCUUCGUAAUAUUUACUCCAUUGCUUUUCAUUUUC